UCAGUUGUAACUUCACUGGUAUCUUUGCUGUCAUACACAUAUCUAGUUACUCAAGAAAUAAACAUUCGUCUAUAUCGUCUUCAACAUGCCGAGUCUUAUGAAUAGGCCAGCUGUGGACACAACAGCCGAUUCCUUCUCACUCGCUGGCAAGAUCGCCAUCGUUACUGGUAGCGGCCGCGAGAACGGGAUUGGAGCAGCGACCGCCAGGGCAUUAGCCCGCAAUGGCGCUUCCGUGGCUAUCCACUACGUCUCCGAGAGUUCGGCUCAGGGGGCAUACGAGAUAGCCCAGUCGAUCCGGGACGAGUACGGGGUCGACGUGGCAUGUGUACAAGGAGACAUAUCCACGCCAAAAGGGUCCCGGGCGAUCGUUGCCGGAGCACUAGGAAAGCUCGGGGUAAACCACAUCGACAUCCUUGUCAACAACGCAGGCUACGGCGUAACCCGCCUCCUGCGGGAAACCGACUUCGAUCUAUGCCAGCGCACCUUCGCAACCAACGUAUACGGCCAGCUAUUCAUGACCCAAGCGGUCGUCGACCAGGGCCGUAUGCCGCCGGGCGGCCGGAUCAUCAACAUCGGGAGCAUAGCGUCGAAGACGCACCCGGCGCAAGUCGGGCUGUACGCGGCUUCCAAAGCGGCGCAGGACAGCCUGACUACGUCGUGGGCUGGAGAGCUCGGUCGCACCCACGGCAUCACGGUGAACACGGUCGCCCCGGGCCCCGUGGUAACUGACAUGGCCAAGGAUUCGCCUGAAGUCAUCGACCCGAUGGUCCUGCUGCAGCGAGGCGCGGAACGCCGCGGUAUGCCGGGGGAUAUUGCUGAUGUGGUGCUGCUGCUUGCGUCGGAAGGGAGUCGGUGGGUGACGGGGCAGUUUAUUGCUGCUGAUGCCGGGAUCACGGGGAGUAGGUGAGGUUUAACUUGCAUGAUAUGUAUGUUAAAAAGGGGAAGGUCUUUUUGGUUUAAGCCGGGCUAGACAGGGCCUGAGAGUGAUGUAGGUAAAGCGAAAAGGGGUAUUAUGUCUACCUACCUACCAAUAUUUAAUAUCAGCUGUAUAGGGGUAUUCUCACAUAAGCUAUUUCGUUAUUUCUCCCAUCUGAAUAGCUUGCAAAACUCGAUAGGUAGUAUUCGAAGUCCUCCU